UUCAUUAUAGUUAUAAGUUCUAUUAUACUUAUAAGUUAUAAGUUAUUUAAUUUUUUUAUAAGUUUAUAUAUGCUUCCUUAGUUCCUUAAUAUCAGUAAUUAAAAUCCUAGAUAAGGAUUUUCUUUGUUGAUUAGAAUUAUAUGUGGAAGUUCAUGGCUCUCCCUCAUCUACUUCUUCUGCUUGUUCUUCAUUGCUCAUUGUUUGUAGCAUUGGUAUCUGGAUGGAAAACAUUGCAAGGAUCACCACCCGUGGUAAUAGCGCGCGGUGGAUUUUCAGGAAUAUUUCCAGAUUCAAGUUUAGCUUCCUAUAACUUGGCACUAAAAGCUAGUUCCCCAAAUAUCACUCUAUGGUGUGACUUGCAACUUACAAAGGAUGGAGUUGGGAUUUGUUUUCCAGACGUCAAACUUGACAAUGCCACUGACAUUUCCGUUGUUUACCCUGGCAAAGCGAAGGAUUAUUCAGUUAACAUGGUUCCAACUCGCGGAUGGUUUUCUUUUGAUUUCAACUUCAAAGAACUACAAAUUGUCUCGCUUGUUCAAGGAGUGUAUUCUCGGACUCCAAAGUUUGAUGGAAGUAACUAUUACAUUCUCAGUGUUGAAAAUGUCGCUAAAUUGGUAAAAUCAUCAUCAGCAGGCUUAUGGUUAAACGUUCAGCAUGAUACAUUCUACAAGCAUCACAAUUUGAGUGUAGAGAAAUAUCUUCACUCUCUUUCAGCUGAAAAAGUAACUAUCAGUUACAUCUCAUCGCCUAACGCGAAUUUCUUGCAAAGAGUAAGAAAAAAAUCAAGUCUUAAAAAAACCGUUACGGUUUUCAGGUUUCUAGAUCAAUAUAAAAUUGAACCUACCAGCAACAAGACUUAUGGAGCACUCUUGAAACACCUCAAAUUCAUCAGAACAUUUGCUUCCGGAAUUCUUGUUCCAAAAAGCUAUAUAUGGUCUGUAGACUCGGAACUUUAUCUACAUCAACAUACUUCUCUUGUCUCAGAUGCUCAUAAACAUGGGCUGAAAGUUUUUGUCUCAGAUAUUGUUAAUGAUGUUCCAUUCAGCUACAAUUUCAGUUAUGAUCCUAUGGCCGAGGUUUUGUCUUUCAUCGACAACGGUAACUUCUCUGUUGAUGGUGUUCUGUCUGAUUUCCCAGUAACUCCGUCUGCAGCCAUAAAUUGCUUUGCUGGCAUAGGAAGAAAUGCCAAAAAACAAGUGGAGACUUUAAUUAUCACAAAAUACGGAGCGAGUGGCGACUAUCCAGCUUGCACCGAUCUUGCAUAUAAGAAAGCUAAAUCGGAUGGAGCAGAUGUAAUUGAUUGUCCUGUUCAAUUGUCCAAGGAUGGAGUACCCUUUUGCUUAAGUUCUAUAGAUCUUUCAACGAGUACAACAGUUGCUGAUACAAAAUUCCGAAACCGCACAGCGAUUAUUCCAGAGAUUCAAAAUGGCAGUGGCAUAUAUACAUUUAGCUUGACAUGGAACGAAAUCAAAACAUUGACUCCCUCAAUAUUGAAACCUUAUGCGAAAUAUACAUUGUUCCGGAAUCCGAAAUUUAAAAAUCAAGGGAAAUUUGUAACCUUGUCAGAUUUUUUGUCCUUGGCUAAAGGCUCUCGUGUCUUGAUCAGCAUCGAGAAUGCUGCCUAUCUCGCAUCGAAGAGGGGAUUAAGUGUUACCAAAUCAGUCCUUAAUGCUCUACAAAAGGCAGGUUACGAUAAACAAAAAUCUCGUAAAAUUAUGAUUCAGUCAACACACAGCUCAGUACUUAAGAUAUUCAAGGACAAAUCCAAAUAUGAAAGGGUUUACAAAGUUGAUGAGAAUAUUCAUGAUGCCGAUGAUAAAGCUAUCAAGGACAUCAAAACAUUUGCUGAUUCUGUUGUGCUACAAAAGGCUUCUGUUUUUACUCAAAAUUUAGCUUUUCUUGUUAACUCUACAAAUACUGUAGCAAGGCUGCAAUCAUUUAAGCUACCAGUUUACGUAGAAACUUUCAGCAAUGAAUUUGUAUCUCAAGCAUGGGAUUACUACUCAGAUCCAUCUGUUGAGAUUAAUUCAUUUGUCGUUGGAGCUAAGGUUAAUGGCAUUAUUACUGACUUCCCUAAGACGGCUGUUCGAUACACGAAGAACAGAUGUUUAAAGCAUGCGAAAAAAGCACCUUAUAUAAGCCCUAUUCCACCUGGAAAACUUUUAAAACAUAUACCUAAAUUAGACCUUCCACCACCUACCCCUCCACUUCCAGUCUUGAACGAUAGUAAUGUGACAGAACCACCUUUGCCUAGUGUUUCUGGAAAGUUUUCAAUUUCCGGCGCUGCUCGUUGAAUAGUAGCAGCUCCAGCCACCAUCACAGUAUAAAGAAAGCAAAGAGGAAAGGAAGUGUAGUGUUCAUACAUGCCAUUUUUAACUUGAGUGCUCCAUUGUUUGAAAUGGAAUUCAAGGAUUUCUUUUAUGAGAAGUUUUUUUUAUCUUAUUAUGAUUGUUUUAUUGUAAGAUGUGAUUAUCCAAAUAGCUUCAUUUCAUUGUCAAUAAAAUUCUUUUUGGAUUGUGGAGAUAAAAUUUCAUUCCUUCUAUCAAAUUUUACA